AUGUCUUCGAUCAAGGGAUCGAGAGUGGGUCUACCAUUACUUGCUGUAGUAGGCUCGGUCUGCUGGGAAUGCAAGGAAGCUAAGCAAGAUGGAACGAGUUUGAGCCGUUGCAAAGGUUGCAAUCGGGCAGUAUACUGCAGCUCCAAGUGCCAAAAGCGGAACUGGGCAUCAGAACAUAGCACGCUCUGCAAAGCACUCAGGCGUCUAAACGCUGGGCCGAAGGCAUCCGGAAAGCUUACGUGGGAUGAGUUCAAGACUCUACAGAUAUUGCGUUAUUCUAUGAUCGUCGAGUUGGACGAGAACGGCUGCCAAAAGCCAGAAGCCAUCAAUCACGCAAGAGCCGUGCAUUAUCAGCCCAAGUGUGAGAAUUGCCUACGAACACCCUUUGACAAUGUCGCUUCUGAAACUUUCCGCCUGACGCCUUGCGAUGAUUGCAAACUUGCGUUCUUCUGUUCGCCAAACUGCCGCGCUGAGGGUCUUGAACAGCAUCAGCAGAAGCAAUGUUCCAGCUUGGAAGACGCCGGCGCAUGUGAACUCAUCACGAUGGACCAUAUUAAGGAGACGGGAGAGGCCAUGAUUCAACUGCCAAGCGAAAACCCGCGUCACACAUAUAAACCUCUCCAUACAGCCCAAAGCUGGAAGGACUACUUUAAAGACGUAUCAAAUAGCCUAUUCGCGAGGUAUAUCACCAAAGAAUUCUCUCCUGCCGAUGACGACAACGCGUGCUUGCAAGCAUGUCGCUUCCUCAAGAUAGCCGUCGAUUCUUCGAGCCUUAUACUCACCAUCCUAGCGGGCCUCGAGUCGGAAAUCCCCAGUCUUGCUUCUCGCACCAAGCUUACGAUCCAUAUUAUAGGCGCUGACGAUCAAGAGAUCCGCCGCGCGAGGAUGCCGGAAGAUCUGUAUCACCUGCUCCCGAAACUCCAACAUUUGGUAGUCGGCUAUGUUGGACCAGAUGUUGGCUCCGCGCAUGGAAAUACUACAAAGCUUUUGGAGUUCGAAUGCUGUCCCAAGUGCCAGAGCAUGGGUCGAUCUCCCCGGCAAGCAUUCCUGGCGGAUGAUCUCUAUCAUGAUUUCGCUGAAUCAGACCUGUUUGCCAAGUACCCUCCAGACUUAAUCAUCGCACCGAAUUCCGGCCACGCCGAAUCACAAGUCCAGAGAUGGCAGCCCACCUUGCAGUGUAUACUCGAGCUCGGAGUUCCAGCCGUUUUUACAACCUACAACAGAAACGAGGCGGUGGACGAAGAACAAAUUUUCGAUACAAUGGGCGCGCACUUUUCGAAGAGACUGGCUGAGAAUCCCUGGCGCGGGGUUCUCCCUAAGUUCGACGCGUUCAUGGAGCGGUAUGAUGUGUUUUACUUCAACUACUACUGGUAUAUCGUUAAAGGCAGGACGGAUAUUUAA